AUGAGGAAAACACAACGAGAAGAUAUUUCUGACUCCUUUGAUUGGAUCAAGGAUAUUUGGACGGUGAAGUGCUCACCUAAGGUUAAGUUGUUCUUAUGGUCGAUUGCUCAAGAAGCCCUUCCCUUGGGAGAAGCUCUGCAACGUCGUGGAAUCCAAGCAGAGGCCCUGUGCGUCAAAUUGGAAGUCUGGAAAUCAAUACCUCUGAAACAAGUAGUUCACCUAGCUACGGGGUGUGAUUUUAAAAGGGCAGUGGUGGCGUUUCGAAAGACCAUCUGCCUCCCGCCAUCAGGUAUAACAACAUCAAUCCUCCCUUGGGUAUGUUGGGCUCUCUGGGUAGCACGCAACACUCAUAUCUUUGAGAAGAGGAUCUUCACACCUACAGAGGUUGCAACAAAAGCCUUAAGAUUAGCAAGAGAGUGGAUUAAUGCGCAACUGUCUCAACCGGAAAAAAAUAGUGCUCUUCCGACUCCAUUAAGAUCAAAUCGAUCAGGGCUAGAGAUGGAAUCAUUACCAGUAUGCAAAUCAGACGCGGCCUUUCAUCAACAGUCGAAUCGAGCAGGGCUCGCAUGGAUCAUCCGCGACGCCUCGGGGAAUCCGCUACAGCAAGGAUCCAUGACCCACGAACUCGUUAACUCUCCUCUGGUAGCGGAAGCGCUAGCUCUCCGUGCCGGACUUAUCUCCGCAGUGACUCUCGAGCUUCCGAAGCUCAAGAUGCUCUCUGACAACGCAACGCUCAUCCGAGCUAUCAACAACGACGCACAGAUCAAGGAAAUUUAUGGUAUCGUCAAGGAUAUACAACAAAUUGCCUCUGUGUUUGUCGAGAUUACCUUCAAUCACGUCCCUCGAUCUUUCAACGGGGAAGCCGAUUGUCUCGCUAAACUAUCUCUCUAUCAUUCUGUUUCGUCUGUAACAAACCCUUAA